AAUCGCUUCCAGGGGAAAAGCUCAGUCGCGCUGACCAUCUUACUUUGUUUUCAGAGUCUUCUCAACUUCAUCGCAAUCCCUCAGCUUUCUACUAUGGGUUACCCUUGUUCGAAGAGUUUUUAUCGUUUAAUGCCCUCCUUUUUUCUAGUCAGGCAGUGUAGAUUUCCAGACUUUUGUGGUGAACGUCGAAGAUGGAGCACGAUACACAAAGCAACGCUUUAUGCAUGUCCUUCUCAGUGA